CAACGCAACGACAAGCGCUCACAACAGCACAAAUUGGGGUCUCGCACGUGGCUGAGAGGUUUGAGGACUGCGCUUGCGACUGCACACAUCUCAACACACACACACCAACACACACACACACACACACACACACACAAUCAACAUGCCAAAGCACGCGAAGAGUAAGGCGCGCGGGCACACGGCUGCGGCGUCGGGCCCAGCGUCUGGGUACAGGCGCACUGGUGUGCUGUUCAACAAGGAUUUCGGGCAACAUAUCUUGAAGAACCCGCUCGUGGUCACGGGCAUCAUUGACAAGGCCAACAUUCGCAGCUCAGACACCGUCCUGGAGAUUGGUCCAGGUACCGGAAACCUCACCAUCAAGCUCCUCGAAAAGGCCGGCAAGCUGAUCGCAUACGAGGUUGACUCGCGACUCGCAGACGAACUUGUCAAGCGCGUCAGCAAGACCAUGUACAAAUCAAAGCUGCACCUCGUCUUGGGUGAUGCCAUCAAGAACCCGCUGCCAGCGUUUGACGUCUGUGUCGCCAACAUGCCUUAUCAAAUUUCAUCUCCAUUUGUGUUCAAGAUCCUGAAACACCGGCCGCUCUUCCGCUGCGCCGUCCUCAUGUUCCAGCGCGAAUUCGCCCUUCGCCUUGUGGCGAAACCUGGCGAGGAGCACUACUGCCGCCUGUCCGUCAAUGCACAACUCCUCUCAAACAUUGAACACGUCAUGAAGGUCUCCAAGAACAACUUUCGCCCGCCGCCAAAAGUGGAGUCGUCCGUCGUGCGCAUCGUUCCCCACAGACCCGCACCAGACGUCGACCUCAGCGAGUUUGAUGGACUGCUCCGCAUUGCAUUUGAGCGGAAGAACAGGACGCUCGCUGCGGCAUUCAAGAAGAAGGGUGUGGUUGCGCUGCUGCUGCAGAACUUCAAGCAGCUUGGCGGGGAGCCACCGGAGGACUUUAAGCAGUUUAUUGUCGACGUCUUGACUGAGUCUGACUACGCCAGCAAGCGCCCGCAACAGCUCGCAGUCGCAGAUUUCCUGAGGCUGUUGAAGGCCUUCAACGAUGCCGGCAUUCACUUCCGCGGAUCCAUCUAACCACCCCCCCCCCCCCACUUCUGAUGUGAUGUGAACACAUGUUUGUUGGCCACACAACAUGUUGUUUUUUUGUUACAAACACUCGCACGCACCCUUACUGUAUCUGCUCUUCGCGUCCUCCCCUCCUCUCUCCGUUUUCUUCCUUCGUGCUGCUUUGCAUAUCCGCUCUCUCUCUCUCUCCACCUCCAACUUGGUCCAAGCCUCCCUCUGUACAAAAUGGCGCUACUGGCGAGAACGAGUAGACGAUUCUUUGGCA